CAGUUCCUACGCAAUAGCGUACCAUUGCCGAAUUUGUACUGGAGCGGAUGAUCGGAGGGCAUGCAGGCUACAAAACAGUUGAUAUCCAAUCAUGCAACUUAUUGAGGAUAUAAAUAGCAGUUGCACAUUGAUCGGGAAACGGCACAACCGCUGAUCAUGACAACAGAAGCACAUUCGGAUGACGGACACAAUGUAUCCCGCUGUUACCGAUUUCUUGCUGUCGAUGCCUCCACUGACUUAAAUGGUGGCGCUGUCAGAUCCGACCUUUCGUGAAUAACACUGCAUACAAAAGAAGAGCCAAACGUAAUCCUCCAGUCUGAUGAUAUGAGAAGCCCUAGAGGGUCUGCAUGAUGAUGGAGAUACUCCAGUACAUAAACUGGCUGUGCCUGGUGGGUCUUUUCCUGGCCUCCCUACUCAUCGUGUUGACCUGGCUUGUCCAGUACUCCCUGGCCGUACUACGCCCCAGGAGCCCCAAGUCACUCACCCAGGGCUGGGGUGCCACAUCCAGGCUACUCCCACAUAUCACCCUCUCCCACCGGACUCAGGCUGGGGGUGUGUGGGGCACCCUGCUCGAGCUCUGGCUCGGACGGGAUCGAGGAGGAGCAGCGUCCGAGGCCGGGGUGAAGGGUCUGCUCACGUCACUGUUCUCCUUCAAGUCUUUCCGGGAACAUUGGCAGAGGGCUUGGGUCAAAGUGCUCAAUGAACAAGCCUGCAGACAUGGGAGCUCCAUCCAGAUCACCUUUGACAGCAGUCUCCAGCUCCCUGCCUCUGCUGUUGUAGAUAGUGUGACCUGCACAGACCAAUCACCUACCACUAUGGUCUUACAGUGUAAGUGUGCGGUUGACACUGUAACGUUCCCAGUGACUGUCACCCAGCAGUCACCUGCAGCUGUUUCCAUGGAUACUUACCAGAUCACCAUAAAGCCAAUGCUGGCCCAGUUGGUGGUGCGUCUGGAGGAAGUAGAAGAAGAGGGUCUGCUGGUGUCCUGGACUUUCUCCCAGCAGCCGAUCUCCCUCACCGUGGCCCCACGCAGGAUCCAGAGAGAGGAGAGUGAUGCAGAGAUAGACCCGGACAUGAUUCGGGAGCUGGUGAAGGAUACUCUGUUCAGCGCACAGCCAGCCAUGAUCCUCAACCUCAGGGCCUGUGUGUCCAGCACUAUGUUCCCCAGGGGAACAGGCCUAACCCCGACAGGUCUGACCCCCCCUUCCCAGAGUUUACCCCCCAUACGAAGACUCCUGCUUCGCCAGCUCAGGGGAACCUGCCUCAGAGCAGCCAAGUCAUGCAGUUCAGGGGAGCUGUGCUGUUCUGUGAGCCUGGACCAGCCAUCAACAGAAAGGAGGACCUGCUUCCUGCCUGCAACCCCCAGCCCUGACACCUCACUGGACUGGAGUGAGGACAUCUCACUGGAUCUGGCUCCAGAAACCAAAGAGCUGAGAGUGAGAAUGCUGGAGAAGACCACCAAGGGGGAACAAUUCUUGUCUGGCUUUGCCUCGCUACCCUUGGACCUCACCCGCAGAGCUCCUACUGGUCAGCAUGUGCUGUCAGUCAGCCCAGGGCACGGCCUGGCACCCAAUGCUACGGUCACCUUUGAGCUGGUGUACCUGGAGGUAGUGGACCCCCUUGGAGCUCACAGCACCACGCCCCUCCGCACCUCCAUCACCCCGACCAAGAAGGUGGAUGUGGACCGAACCAUCAUGCCAGACGGCACAAUCGUCACCACCGUCACCACCAUACAGUCACGACCCAGACUGGGAAAACUAGGUACAGUAGGUCUGGGUGACUCUCCCUCGCGGUCCCCGUCCAAAGUGGAGGUGACAGAGAAAGGGACCAUGUUCCUCACCGAUGGCUGCCAUAGCAGGACCAGCUCCAGCCCUACUCUAAGCACUGAUAGUCCCCUGUCCAAUGGGCUGGACCCGGUGGCUGACACGGCUAUAAGACAGCUGACAGAGAACGCCAGCAAGAUGUCCAAGAAGACUCCCACUAAACGGAGCACGCUCAUCAUCUCGGGCGUGUCAAAGGUCCCCAUCUCGGAGGACGACUGUGGCCUGUCUUGUGGCUACGCUGCAGCCAUGGAUGCUGCCCUGCAGGGAGGAGGAGCCUCCAACUACUACGGGGCGGGGCAACAUCAGGAAGCAGAUGAGACCACGCCCUCGGAUGUGUCUGAGCGGCCGUCUGUCGAUGACGUGGAGUCAGAAACGGGCUCCACUGGGGCCCUGGAGACACGCAGCCUCAAAGACCAUAAAGUGGGCUUUCUCCGCAGCGGAACCAAGCUACUAUUCCGUACAAGACACCGAAAGAAGGACCCAACCUUCAGCCAAUCCCACGAGGACCUCUCCAACCUGGCCAGUGUCUCUCCCUCUUCUGCCUCUGGCACCAUUGUGCGUAAGAAGUCCGGCAGCUUCUCCCGACGACUCAUCAAGCGCUUCUCCUUCAAGUCGAAGUCGAAGGACAAAGCCAGUGCCACCAAUGGAGGGCCGAGCACAGCAGACAACUGAUAGACAACUGAAUGGUGUAGCGGAUGGCUAAAUGGCAUUGCUACCGCCUUCCUGAGACCUAGAAGUAGGCUACUGUUGCCGUGGACCCAGAAAUCGCCCUGGCUUUUCUGGGUCAAUGGUAUUGGGUUGGGUAGGAUCGUAGGACUGCUUGAAAUGGUUGGAGGAUGCUUAGCAUUGGUCAUCCUGUCCCACCAUUUCUUCCUCUGUGUUCACCAUCAGAUGAGGAACCCAAAUUUGCCACUUUUAUCCAGUUUUUGCAGGCAGUACACGUACACCCCAGGUUGGUGGUUACCUAUCCUGCAUCUCUUACCUCUGAUAGGACCCCUUUUCCUCUGGAUGAGAAACACACACGUCAGGGACAGAUAGAUGGAUCCAGGGACUGUUUGCUUAUUAUCAAAGCCAUUUAUUUUCAGAAGUAGCCUCUGCUGCUCUGGUGGAUUUAAAGGGGAUAACGAAAGUAGGAAUAAACUUGAAGAUGUUGCAAUUCAACACUAAAGGGGCAGUAGGUAGAGUGAGUGUGGCCUCUUCCAAAUCAAUUUAUUUAAAAAUAUGAUUUUCUUGGUUGCACUUUAUUGGAUUGUUUACAGCACUUGAAAGCUUCUUCUGGUGUUAAUUUGAUUGGUAUUUGUAUUGUUUGCUCUCUGAUUCACAUGAUUAUCCUUCUGUCUCCCCCCCCAAAAAAAUAUUGGGCCACGUUUGGUCGUUUGCAUUAUGUAGGCCUAGUAGAGACACGAUUUUAUCUUUCUUUCCUGCUUAGUUGUAAAUGUAAUCUUAAAUAACGAACUUAGUUGAAAAACAAAUAUCAACCCCUCGCAUCGGUCUUAAGUUGGUGGUAAUGUUGACAUUCAUAUAGUGGCUUAUACGUUAUGUUUUAACAAUGGUGUUCAUAAUUGUAAGUUGUACAAAAACCAAAUGCAGGCAUACCUAUGUCUGUGUUUUGUAUUUCGUUUUUAGAAAGGGAAAUCUUCAAGGCAAACUGUUAUAAAAAAAAAAGGCAAACUGUUUUAAAUGA